AUGCCUAACAUAGAUGCCAUUGUACCGCUCGUCUUACUCGUCCUGGUUGUUUUAGCAGAAGGCAGCUUCACAAAUGUGGCGGCUGAGAACUUGUCGCCCAUGGAGUAUUGGAAGGCAGUUCUUCCCGAGACGCCAAUGCCACCAGCCAUACAUGGCCUGUUCACAAAAUCUGAAGUCAAGGACAACCAUGUACAAAGGCUUCACAUGAACUUGUUUGCCAAAGGAGUACGAAAAAUCGGCCCAAAUUCUGCGGAAGAGAGGGCAAGAACUGAUCUAAAUAAAUACCCAUUUUGGUAUGGGUUGGCAAACACCGGAGAUCACAAGAAAUACCCAUUUUGGUAUGAGUCCGGUAGCACAAAGGAUCUCAAGAAAUAUCCAUUUUGGUAUGCGGCGGAAAGCACCACCAAGGAUCUUAAGGAAAAGCUAUUUUCCCAUGGGCGAGGAAGCACCAAGGAUCUUAAGAAAUACCCAUUCUGGUAUGGGUCCGGUCGCACUGAAGACAUGAAGACAUAUCCGUUUUGGUCUGGGUUGGAAAGUAAUGAGGUUGUCAAAACAUUGUCGGUUGAACAUAGGCCACAAAGCUCAGAUGAUCUAAGCAGAUACCCAUUCUGGUAUGGGUCUGGAAGCACCAGGGAUUUAAAGAAAUACCCGUUUUGGUAUGGAUCUAAAAAUGACCAUGGUUUGAAGAAAUUCGGGGUGGAAAACACCAAGGAUUUUAAAAAGCAACCGUUUUGGUUUAGAUUUGGAAGCUCUGAAGAAGAUAUAAAGAAGUUUCAGCGUCAAAGUGAACAUGUCGGAGAUAAUAUGUGGAACCAAGAGGAAGAGGACCUGCCUAAAAUUUCAGGAUCUAUGCCACGAGAUGAAGAGAAGAUGUCCAUAGCUGACAGUGCACCAACCAAAGGCGAGAACCAUGUCGGCACACACAAAACUGGAAAAAGCACACCAGAGGGCAAUAUUUUCUUCUUCCGUCACGAUGUCCUACGGCCAGGAUCGGUGAUCACGCCGACCAUUCCCCCAACCACAACCUUGCCGCCCCUGCUGCGUCGCCGCGUCGCCGACUCCAUCCCGUUCUCCACGGAGCACUUCGCCGACAUCCUCGCCAUGUUCGCUCCGGAGUCCCACGCCAUAGCCGGCGAGAUGCAGUGGAUGCUCGAAGCCUGUGAGCAUCCGGGAGUAGUGCUCCCAGGCUACCGUGCCGCCGGGUGCGCCACCUCCCUCGAAUCACUCGCCGAGCUCCCGAUGGCCCUUCUCCGGACGCGCGACGUCCGCGCCUUCUCGCCCGACAUGCCCACCGACGUCGCGGGCACGCCGGCGCGGCGCGGGAGGUACAACGUGACGGCCGUGAGGAGGAUCACGGAGUCGCCGGAGCUAGUCACGUGCCACGACACGACAUACCCCUACGCGGUCUUCUUCUGCCACACGGCCAGCCCGACGGCCGCGUACGCGGUGACGCUCGCAGCCGAGGACGGCAACGAGGCGCCGGUGAUGGAGGCGCUGGCCGUGUGCCACCUCGACAGGUCGCGGGCGCACGGCGACGAGCCAGGUGACGCGACAGCGUGCCACUUCCUCACUAAGCUCAGUGUCAUCUGGGUCCCGGCGGUGGUCGAGCAGGUAGGCGGUGCACAUGAAGCUUGAAGCCCAGUAAAAUUAGACAUGCCCUACGUAUGCGUAUGUCAAAAUGGAUUUGCGUGGCCCUAGUACUAAAUAAAAGGGAAAAGCUGUACCUCACAUUAGUGAUUUGGAGGCUCUCCUCACU